UCUCGCUUUAUUCCCCUCACCAUGGUCAAAUUCCUGGACGACAUGGAGAGGGAAASACCCAUCCGGUUCACCUCACAACAGCUAAGGAUAGCCACAGAAAACUUCAGCAUCUUAUUGGGUUCCGGAGGGUUCGGGACAGUUUACAAGGGAAUCUUUAGCAACGGUACGGCUGUAGCUGUGAAAGUUCUGAAUGGGACAUCAGACAAGAGAAUUGAGGAACAAUUCAUGGCGGAAGUGAGCACGAUGGGAAGAACCCACCACUUUAAUCUCGUUAGGCUUUAUGGGUUUUGCUUCGAAUCAAGUUUAAGAGCUCUUGUAUACGAGUUCAUGAUCAAUGGCUCUUUAGACUACCAUUUGUUYAAAGCCAAGAAAGGGGUUAUCAUAGGGUUUGAGAAACUCCACGAGAUYGCACUGGGAACCGCAAGAGGCAUCGCGUACCUGCACGAAGAAUGUCCACAGAGAAUAGUUCACUACGAUAUCAAACCAGGCAACAUACUCUUGGAUUCAAACUUCUGUCCAAAAGUAGCUGAUUUCGGUUUGGCCAAACUUUGCAACAGAGACAAGACUCAUAUAACGAUGACCGGAGGACGGGGUACCCCAGGCUAUGCGGCACCCGAGCUCUGGUUGGCUCUUCCAGUUACACACAAAUGUGACGUUUUUAGUUUCGGGAUGCUACUUUUUGAGAUCAUCGGGAGGAGGAGGAACAUGGACGAGACUCUUGGUGAUAGCCAACAGUGGUUCCCGAUAUGGGUGUGGGACARAUAUCGACUCAACCAAUUGAAGGAAUUGAUGAGAGUUUGUGCAAUUGAGGACACGAAWGAACAAGUUGUKGAGAGGAUGCUGAAGGUAGCUCUUUGUUGUGUUCAGUAUAGGCCUGACACUCGGCCGGUGAUGAGCAUCGUUGUCAAAAUGUUGGAAGGUGCAUURGAGGUUCCGGAGCCUUUGAAUCCUUUUUCGCAUUUAUUUCCAGGGGUUAGUGAGGUAGGUGAUUCGCUGGCUCGAACAGCAUGGAAUGUUGAUUGGUCGUCGUCUGAAGUGCUUUCCAAAYCUACACUAGUCAUGGGGACGCCUCUCAUGAGGGGACAUGAGAUCACAAUGGCCACACAGUGA